UCUAGUCAUUCCAAACAAACAGACAGAACCACAACCAGAGUUGUGUCAACUACUGAACGUUACAAUGACGAUACAGAUUUCGAAACUAGCUUGUUCCCUGAAACGACGAAAGAACAUACAAAAACUACGCAAGAAACGAGCCAAUUUGUUCCAUCGAAAACGACAAUGUAUAUACCAUCGAAGACCGCUAAAACUACAUCAUUGAAGCCAACAGAUUCUAUAUCAACUGUGACUAGCACAAGUGUAAAAACCACUGUUACUAAUGAUGUUAUAUCUUCGGAGGAAGAAGCAGAUUUAUUUCCAACGGAACCACUCAAACCUGUAACUCAAGCUCCGGCGAAGAAACCAUAUCCGGACUCGAUUAAUGAACAACUUCCACCACCCGAUAAAGAUACGGACACCACAAUUCCCUACGUAUCAAGUACAGUGACCCAAAAGACAGUGGCCCAAGCUGAGGAAACCAAGAACACCGAAAGUAAAGUGACCACGUCAUUGCUGGAAUCCACAUCUGAAGUCACCCCCGUCGAAGCAACAACUGCAAAAACAACAGAACCUACAAGUGUCCAUACAGUGUCUACAGUCGCUAGUACCGUCCAACAAACGGACACUUUGGGUUUGCCUAGCAGUCAAUCAAUACCGUCGACCGAGGCGACAGUUUCUAUAGAAGUGACCACUGAAGGCAUUCAUACAGAAGAUGAGAGUACUACUAAUUUGAGCACCACCAGGUAUUAUUUACCGCCCAAAGUAGAAUACACUUACCCGACGACAUACAAGGAAAGUACGGCUACAACUGCCGAAACACAAAAAGAAACCACUCAUGAAGCAUACACUACCAAAUACACCACAAAAAUUCCGGAAUCUACAACAAACGAGCUAACUACCGGACCAGUUCAUUAUACUACCCCGGAUGUUCAUACCAAUAUUUAUGAUAGUACUACAUAUCAAAGUCACGAAAGUACUCCUGUUGCGACCCCAGAAUACAUAAUAACUCAAAUCAAUUCAGAUGGAACUGUGAAAACCACCAGUUUUCCGUUCACCACGUUGACUUAUUUAGGGACAACGAGCGAAGGUGUUACAUAUCCAUUAGAAACAACCAGACCUCCUUUUAAAACAACAAAGCCACAUCCUACUCCCACCACACAAAAUGAUUUUUUGGUCGACCAGAAUACACAUAAAAUAAAUACAGUAUAUAAAUCUAAUUCUGAUAUAAGCGAAGACGACAUAUUCGGUAGCACGAAGUUGGUAACUAAACCAUCAAAAGGUACUACAAAAGAAUAUGUUCAGUCGGAAUUAUCGAAGGACUUGUUCGGCAGUGACAAAAGUGCAAAGCUGUAUAGGUUGGAAACAAUAUACACAACAAAUCAACCAACAACUCAAGAAACACCCAAAAUAAUAUUUUCCAACUUCUAUCAAGCCGCCACAACUCCAAUGACUCCAUAUUAUGAGGACUACGAGGGAACGUACGGAACAACCGUGCUACACGUUCAACCCACCAGAGAUUAUGAAACAACGCAAGAUUUUAGUCCAUUGACGAGCCAGAGUUACAGUACGUCGAUCAGUUUUGAGGUGAACAAGCGCAAUCACACGCAAGACGUAACGGAAAACACUAUUCAAUAUGAACCCACGAUUAAGGCCAAUAUAAGUGAAAUAGAUAGCGGAAGUGAGUACAGGAUUUAUAAAGCUGAACUGACAACGGCGCAGACCACCCCAAAAAGUAGCACCACCGAUGUAAAAGCGGAAUUUGAUACGAUAGCGUUGCAACUUGUUAAUCAUGCGAGGAGCAUAUCGCUUUUAAGCGAAAAGACUAAAUCGCCGAAGUACAAGAGAAGAUUCAUACCGAAAAGAAAACGAGGGGAGAGACGAAAAAGAUGAUUACAAUUAAGUAAUUUUUUUAAUUGUUGUAGUUUAAGUAUUGUAUAUAAUGUAAAUUUUUAAUGUUUUUUUUUUAUAAUAACCUUGUGAGUUAUGAAAUUUGUUGUCGAGAGAAUGUUGUAAUAAGAUCUAAUUAUACCGAUUAUUGUUCUACAUGCGAAUAAAUAAUGAGAAUCUUCCACCAAAACAAUGUAUUAAAUUUGUGUGUUUUCCUUUUUG